GUUCAGAGUGAAGAGAAAGCAAGAAAAAGAGUCCACUACAUGACAUUAAAACUCAUUCGUCGUUUAUUUGAAUGAGAGACAACCAAACGACUUUUUGCAUUAGGAAAACUUUGCCACGUCCUUAACUUUCGGAGCUUUUCGUUGAUAUCGUGUUGCUGUUUUUUUUACAUCCCAAACACUAUUAUUUGCGUUUAGCACAAUUUGAUUGAGAUACCGUUGCUCCAAUCAAAAGACAAGCGCGUGCAACGUCUGAUCCGCACGUUACUACCAACCACUCUCUCAGCGUUUGACUUGUUGGCGGGGCGUUGGUGCUUUGGACUUUUUUCUUCUUCUUCUACUUCACGGCUCGGUCCGCUACGCUGCUCGAGAAGAACCCGCUUUAUUCGACCACACUACUCUUAAAUUAACUCGCUAAAAUGGCCGGAUCCAACAGCAUCGACGCCGUGAAGAGAAAAAUCAAAGUUUUACAACAGCAAGCAGAUGAGGCAGAAGAAAGAGCCGAGAUUUUGCAGCGACAGGUCGAGGAGGAGAAGCGUGCCAGGGAGCAGGCUGAGGCAGAGGUGGCAUCUCUGAACAGGCGUAUCCAGCUGGUUGAGGAGGAGUUGGACCGUGCUCAGGAGAGAUUGGCCACAGCCCUGCAGAAGCUGGAAGAGGCUGAGAAGGCUGCCGAUGAAAGCGAGCGUGGGAUGAAGGUGAUUGAGAACAGGGCUAUGAAGGAUGAAGAGAAGAUGGAGCUCCAAGAGAUCCAGCUCAAGGAGGCCAAACACAUUGCUGAGGAGGCCGACCGCAAGUAUGAGGAGGUGGCUCGUAAGCUGGUGAUCGUUGAGGGAGAGUUGGAGCGUACAGAGGAAAGAGCAGAGCUUGCUGAGAGCCAUGUCAAGCAGAUGGAGGAGGAGUUGAGAGCUCUUGACCAGACAUUGAAGACUCUGCAGGCCUCAGAUGAGAAGUACUCCCACAAGGAGGAUAAGUAUGAGGAAGAAAUCAAGAUCCUCACUGAUAAGCUGAAGGAGGCUGAGACCCGUGCUGAGUUUGCUGAGAGGUCUGUGAACAAACUGGAGAAAGCCAUUGAUGAUUUGGAAGAGAAACUGAGAGAUGCUAAAGAGGAGAACGUCAAAAUCCAUGCCACUUUGGACCAGACCUUGAGCGAGCUCAACAGUUUCUAAGGACCUGGACCAGAAAAACCCUCAGCUUCCCUUCUUGACACUCAUCUCAUUUGGUUUCUUUCCCUCUGCACCCUUGAUUCAUCUAUUUUCUGAAACCCUCUUCUCUUGUAUUGAGGUAGGGCUCGCCAAGCCAACCAGCAAAAAUGCUGUGCCUCUUGAUGUUUUCAAAAGUACUUUUAUAAUUUUUUGGAGCGUUUGUUAAGCUUCACUGCUCAUCUCAGAAAAUCCCAAGUGAUUUGGGCAGCAAUCAUUUAUGGUAUACCAAAAGUGUCAAAUUGAAUGUGCCAGUUCUGAGAUGGCUUUCAUUAUCAGAGCUUCUAUGUAUGUGGUUUACUUUUUGUUUUUCCACACAUCUAUUGCAGCCAAAACAUUCCCAACCAUUAUUCAGUCAUUAUUUCAAAUUUUUUCCUUGAUGCAUGCAAUUUUGUGCCAUAAAAUCCAGCUUGGAAAUGUCUUGCUUGGCUUUUUUACCAUCAAAGUUUCCUGUUGAUAUGACCCAGGAUAUUUUGCUGUUUAUGUUGGUGCCGAUGCUUCCCCUGCUAUUCUCUUUUACCUCUUCACUCUUAUCAUACUGUUUUUGCUGCCUUGUUGGCAUUACAGGUUUUGGGACCAAAACCACAUCGCGUGGUCUGUAACCGUAUGCUCAACCAUGCCAGGAGGAUCAUUGUUUUUGUUUUUUAUUAAAAGAAUUUGCUUGAAAAAAAUUUUUUUUCUUUUAUUAAUAUAUGUAUUCUUUAUUUGGGUGUGAUCCCACCCCCCUAACAUAUGUUUUCUUUAUUUGGGGGUGAUCCCCUGCCCUUUGAGCAGAGGAGACCAAGUUCAUAGUUUCUUCAUUAAAUCUGAAUGGGUGACCUGUUUCGUUUUCUUAAGAGCCAUAUUCUACCCAGGGAAGAAAGGUUGGAGAUUUUUUUUUUCCAUUAGUACAAAGCAGUCUCGGCCACAUUUGAAAGGUUCAGAAAGCCGUGCAGAUCUAAAUAUGUAUUAUGAACACAGUAAAUGGGAGAGAAAUAUAACACUUAAUAGUAUAAAGAUUAAAGGGUGAACACAUAGUUUUAACUGGUAAGAGCCCACAAUGAUGUGUAAUCACUUUGUUACUGUCUGUAUCUUGUAACGAUGGCUAAAUUCUUUUUUAAAUAAAGACCAUGAUUUUUACUGUCA